GACCCGGUUGCCGGUCUUGUUUCAGUCUUUCGUGUCGGUCUCUCUGAGCACCGGGAGGAUCUCUCUGAUUGGCUGCAGAGAAACGAGCUCUCUUAGCCCACCCACUGCUCAGUACAGCCACUCUGCACACUUUCUUUCCUUCCUUGCAUUGAGUCUGGGACCUGGCCCCGGGGCUGAACGGCACACACACACACAGCGCGCACCAUGGCAGCUACGCACAGCGAGUACAGAGGCUACCUGCGGAGCGCCGUCGACAUGGAGGCCGGGCAGCACCGCUUCCACCCGGUGCAGAGCUCGGAGCCAACUUACCGGUCGCUACUAUUCGGGACCCUCGCCGUUAUGGGAUUGCUUCAGGUGGCCUCCAGCGUGGCGAUCUUAUUACACCUGACGGGUUAUCUGCAAGAGGUAGAUCUGUCCACAGCUCCACACCGGCCCAUAGAGGAGGUGCAGACGGAGCCGGUGCUGAACGCUCUGAGAGACACAAGGAAAGGCCGACGGUGCAAAACUCCCAAAGAGAGCCUGCCUUCAGCUCAUCUACCAAUCAGAGCGCACCAGGAGUUCUCUAAGAAAGGUGAGCCGAAGGCCAUCACCAUCGACUGGGACGAGUUGCACGGAUACCACCACAGGAUGAACUACCAGAAGGGGAAGCUGCUGGUGUUGGAGUCGGGUUUCUACUACAUCUACGCCAAGACCUGCUUCCGCUACUACAAGUACGGACCGGAGGACAGCAGCCUGGCCGGCCUCCCACCGGUGGAUGUUAGCAACACCCAGCUCAUCCAGUACGUCUACCACGAGAGCAUCAAACUGAACAGCAAGGCCGUGGUGCUGAUGAAGACGGGCAGCACCAUGCGCUGGAACAACACGAGCUAUAACAUGUACUGCGCCCAGCAGGGCCGAGGGGUCCGGCUGGAGCAGGGAGACGCCCUGUAUGUCAACGUGUCCAACGCGUGGAUGCUGGACCCGGAGGGAGAAGGGACGUAUUUCGGGGCCAUAAAGUUGGGUAACUGAGAACGACACGUGGGGAGCGGACAUGCUACUGAACAUUUGAUAUGCCAAAGAACCACUGUUAGUGAUUUAUAAGUGUCUUUUUAUUCUUCAUGUGUUUUUACAUUGCUCUUGGAGUCCUUUGUGAGAAUGGAAAAGGUUGUAUCUUCCCCUCCUCAAAGAAAACACGAGACACGCAGCUCUCAGCUUCAUCCAACACAGCACUGGACUCUUUUCUUUUUUUUUUUUACAUUUCAGUUCAGAUUACAACAUUUAGACUUAAGCACAGAUGUGUUUGUGGACUAAUUAAAGAAACCAUUAGGGAGCAGCUUAGGAAGUAAGUUUGUUGGCAAGACGUGCAGCGAGAAAGGAUUUAUCAAUGUGGACGGGAAAAAGAAAUCUGCUUGUACUUAGCAGAUUAUCACAGAAUAAAAACAACAGGGCUCCCAGGUCUGCCUCGACCCUCAGCCGUGAGCACACAAAUGUUUUCAUGAAAGGUUUUGUAAGUGUGAAGGAGGCAGGCGAUGAGGCGUCCUCACAGUAAGCAACUCAACGCUGUAAUUAAACGUUGGCGGUUAGAUGGAGAGUUACAUCUGAGGCACCAUUUCAACUUCCUGCUUUGGAGGAUUCACUUUGAAUCUCACUUUGUUUUUAGAUUUAAAAGAGAAGGUCAGAAACUCAUUUGUUAUCCACGUUUCAGUCUUAAUGAAAUGUAAAGAGCGGCGGUUACACAACAAUGUCAUUUUAAACUGCGGAGGAAACGACGAGCAACGAGCGACGCAGAUAGCUGGACUGUCUGACCACGAACGACACGAAUAGACACUUGUCUUCUUUAACGAGAGGAACCAAAUUGAGUUUGGUUUCAUCUUUUAACUUAAAUUUUGUUUUCAUUUGGCUCUUCAGUGAGGCAAAUGGGAAUAUGCACUAAAUAUUUAUUUAUUAGCUCUAGAAGUACAGAGGCGGGUCGUUGUUAAAGUGACUCUGGACUGUAACAAAUCAUUUAUAUUUGAUGUCUGUAUGACGCUCAUUAUGCAGCACUUAGAGGACAUAGUAGUCACGCUUUUUGUUACUGAAACACAGGGGCUUCAUUUUAAAUUUCAUAUUUAUGUAUCUUGAUUCUGACAAUUCUGUGUGCACUUGCCUAGCCAAAAGCAAUAUGGAUAUAUUGUUUCUUCUACAAGAUUGUAGCAUACCUGUAAAAUCUUCAUCUGACUUCAUCUGAUAGAUAUUGUGUUUUCCAUUCAGUUUUUAUUUAUGUUCUGUAUGUUUUAAUAAAACAAAGUACUUUUGUAA